UGCUCCUAUGGCGGACUCUCCUCUUAAUAACUCCUGGCCCUCUUUCUCCAAACUCUGGAUGAAGAGAUGGUCCUUCAAGAGAGCAUCAGAGUGCAAGCCAUGUAGUCAGCCCUGUGGUCCUCCCAUUGCCCAACUGAGUGUCCAACCUCCUGCUCCCAGUGGGACAGGAUCGUCCUCCUCGCUAUCGCCUGCCUCUACCGCCGAGGAUGUCUUCUUUGGUAACACCACUGAGGACCAGGAUGCGUGUUCAGUAGUCAGUGACUACGACUGUCCUGGUGUGGAGUUGAGCAACAGCGUGGAGGACCUGCUGGCCCUCAACUCCUCUCUCAGAGACUCUGAAUACUUCAAAGACCUCGAGGGAGGGGUACCGGCUUCACCGUCAACUGCAACCAUAGAAACCACCGUCCCAGAGAGCAAAACCCUCCCUGUUGGCCUACAGGUGUCACAGAACACGGACAGUCCCGUCAUCAACCAACCUGUACAGACUUCUCUGACCACACACUCCACUCAGGUCAAUGCACCGUCAUCCCCCUCCUAUAUAGAGCCUGCAGAACCUCAGCGUAGCUUUGUGGUCUCUCAGCUUAGUCCUAAAUUGUUGCCAGGCUGUAUCAUUGACAGCGGUGACUCGUCAGGCCCUGCAGUAGGGCUCAGUUUAACAAUUAAUCUGAAUGGACUAUUGGGAUCAAUGGAAAAAGUGGAAGCAAUAACAGGGUCAGAGGAGGAAAAGGAGCAAACCACUGUGGAUGGCGAUGAAGAGCCAGACCUGGACAGCUUUCCUAUCCUGGUUAGAUCAAUGUCAACAUCUCGAAGGCACAGCUGGGGUGUCCCUUUGUCCCCCAUUAACCUGGGGAGGAGACUGAGUCUGGAUACCAUGGCCAUGGACAGUGAUGGAGAGAGAGAGGAUGAUGAUGAGGACAGACAGUCCACCCAGCAGCAGAGCUGCAGCCACACAGCCUGUCCUGGGGAUGAGCCAGAUGGUCCCAGGCAGAGGGUCCCCUGUCCCAGAGCCAGGGUCACCAGCAUGGCUGCCGGUGUUCCUGUCAGACAACUGUACUCCCGCUCGGAGAUCCUUGCCACAGACGAAUGUUCACGUGCUGCACACAUCUCUCAUGUUGUACAGACAUCCAAACAGGCUGCGAGGGCAGCGGGAGCAGAGGAGUUCGACCCUGAGGAAAACUUACAUUCUACUGAAGGACAGAGCCAUAUAGCGAAGCAGAGGAUCAACAAAUCAGAUGCCAAAGGUGUAGCAAAUGUCACUUGGUAUGAGUUCCUCUCUAAUGAGAAUGAGGACGAGGAUGAUUCUUCAGAGAAGGUGGAGAAAGGUACCAAGGUAAAGAGAACUCUCAGCUCUCUGAGGAGCAGGGUGGCGGGCUCCUUCAGUAAAGACAAGGGUAAGAACCGAGAAAAAGAGCAGCAGAAAGAGAAGGGGAAGGAGAAGGAGGCCAAAGAGAAAGAGAAAUCAUACAGUUACAAGCAUCAUUUGGUGCCUGGCUCUUUCUCCAGCUGUGCUACCUGCUCACUGUGCAGCAAGACCCUGCAGAAAAAGCACAGCAUGCAGUGCAUGAAUUGUGCUGUGAACGUUCACAAGAGCUGCAAGUCUCUGCUGGGUGAGUGCACCAGCAGCAAGAAUAAGAGAGAUUCUCUACAGAGGAGAAGCUCAUCUGGAUCUCCCAUCCUCGCGCUAAAAGACCGGGACAGAGAGCGGGAGCAGUCAGGCACAGCCUCAUCGCAGUUCCUGGAUGGCUCCCAAGGUGUUCCCAGCGCCCCAGGCAUGACCAUUUGUCCGCGGGGACCAAGCACUCAGCCUCCUGCCGCCCAUACCACCAACACUACCGCAGCCUCUGCCCACAGCCUUGGCCACAGCCUCCAUCACAACAACAGCUCAGGAUCCCUCCCUGGGGAGAUGGAUGAGACCGAUGCUCUCCGCUCCAAACGCUGCAACGAAGACGCCGUUUCCCUCGCUCCCUCCACCACCGAGUCUAUCAUCGUAGAAGAUACUCACCAUGCAUCAGUGCGGUCUGAUCUGGAGUCUGAUGCCCAGGACCUGGAGGCAGAGUCUUGGAGUUUGGCAGUUGACCAGCAGUAUGUUAAGAAGCACUCUAAAGAAACAGUGAAGAGACAGGAUGUGAUAUAUGAGCUCAUGCAGACGGAGAUGCACCAUGUGCGGACACUGAAGAUCAUGCUGCACGUUUAUGUACGAGAGUUGAAGGAGAACCUCCAGAUGGACUCGGCUAAGCUGGACUGUCUGUUCCCCCGCUUGGAAAACCUCCUGGAGCUUCACACACAUUUCCUGUCUCGUCUCAAAGAACGCCGGCGAGAAAACCUUGUUACACCCUCCGACAGGAACUAUACUAUCAACAGAGUGGCAGACAUACUGAUCACACAGUUCUCAGGUGAAAUAGGAGAGAGGAUGAAGGACUGCUAUGGAGAUUUCUGCAGUCACCACACUGAGGCUGUCAACUACUACAAAGAACAGCUGCAAAACAACAAAAGGUUCCAAAUUAUCAUACGGAAAAUCCGCAACCUGUCCAUCGUUCGGAGGUUAGGAGUGACUGAGUGCAUUCUGUUGGUGACACAGCGCAUUACCAAGUAUCCAGUACUAGUGGAGCGCAUUCUGCACAACACUGAGGCGGGUACAGAAGAACACGAGGAGCUGACUCGGGGGCUGGGUCUCAUUAAAGACACAAUUGUUCAGGUGGAUGCACUGGUUAAUCUCCACGAGAAGACAUCUCGGCUUCGAGACAUACACAACAAGAUGGAGCCAAAGGCACAGGGAAAAAUCAAAGAUGGCAGAGUGUUUCGCAGGGAGGACCUGGCACCGGGCAGGAGACGGCUGCUGCAUGAGGGCACAGUCAACUGGAGAGCUGCCUCUGGCAGGCUCAAAGAUAUUCUUGCAGUGCUCCUCUCUGAUGUGUUACUCUUGCUACAAGAGAAGGACCAGAGAUAUGUAUUUGCUACAGUGGAUAACAAGCCGUCAGUGAUCUCUCUCCAGAAGCUGAUUGUCAGGGAAGUGGCCCAUGAGGAGAAAGCCAUGUUUCUUAUUUGUGCUUCCUCCAAUGAGCCAGAGAUGUACGAGAUCCACACCACUUCCAAGGAGGAGCGAAACACUUGGAUGACACAAAUACGGCAAGCUGUAGAGAGCUGUCCUCAUACGGAAGAGAGGCUGUUCAGCGAGGAGGAAGAGGCGCAAGCUUCCAGGUUCAAAGAAUUUCAAGAACGGCUGAGCCAGAAGGAUGCAGUAAUCGUCCAGGCUCUUACUGAGAAGCUGCAGCUGUUUGCAGACAUGGCAGAGACCGUGGCAGGUUUGGAGGACACAGCUUCUCAUUCCAGACUGCUUCUGCGGGGAGAUGCCUCAGAUCUCCAGCAGGGGGAGGCCCUGCUCAAAGGAGCCAUCACUGAGGUGGAGAACCUCCAGAACCUUCUGCAGUCCGGAGUGAGGGAGGAAGCUCCGACCUCACGGCUGGAUGAAGGGAGCGGCUCUGGAGUUCUACCCAGGAGAGCAGACACCUUUGGGGGCUACGACAGCAGCCCCACCAUCCUCAGUAAGAAUGGCAGUGUGAAGAAGAACUUUUCUGGCGAGUCGAGAAACAGAGACAGAAGCCAGAGAGCCAGCUCCGACCCUCAGCUCAAAGACCUCUCUGGCAGCCAUGCUCUAGAGCAGACGGUUGACGAAAGCUGCUGCUCUCCUGCCAGAUGGAACUGCAUUUGGUCCAACGCCUUCCCCGAGGCUGAGUUCUUCGACAGAGUGCUGAUGCUCUCCCAGAGGCUCUACAGUCUGCAGGCCAUCAUAUCACAGCAGGACAGCCACAUUGAGCUGCAGCGGGCCUCGCUGAUAGAGCGGGCCUCCCUGCCUGGACGCCACCGAGGCAACGUGCUCCUGGAGCAGGAGAAACAACGGACUCUGGCCCUGCAGAGAGAGGAGCUAGCCAGCUUCCACAAGCUGCAGUCUCAGCACCGAAAUGAACAGCAGCGCUGGGAGAAGGAGCGGGAGAGGCACCGCCAGCAAAUGGAGACCACAGAGAACAGACUCAAACAAAGGGAGGAGGACUGCAAGCGGCUGGAGGAGCGUCUGGCAGAAGAGAGGGAGGAGCUGGAGAGGCAGAGGGAGACGUACCAGCAGGACCUGGAGAGGCUGCGAGAGUCCACCAGAGCUGUGGAGAAAGAGAAGGAACGCCUGGAACACCAGAAGAAGAUCAAGAGGAAAACCAUUGAGGUGGCUCCUCUGUCUGGCAGCCUGAACGGGGAGCCCCUCAUGUCCUCCGGGCUCACCGGUUCCACCAGCGUCUCCGACUUGCCCCUGCCCCCGAAGCCCCUGGUGCGUAGCAGCUUAUCUGUCUCACCAGCCGAUUACCCAGAGCGCCCUGAGCUGAUGUCGCGGCGGGAGGCGGGCUCUUCCACCCUGCCGCUGAAGACAGAGGUGCCGCUCCAUCUCUUCAGCGCCACCAACCAGCAGCACAAGCUGGUCGGGGUGCAGCAGCAGAUCCCCACCAAGCUGGCGGCCUUCAGCAGCGGCAAAGGGAAAGGAGGCAAGAGCGGCAAAGCCUCACAUCGCACUGACAGCACUGCCUCAGUGGAUAUGAAGCAGAUGCUGCCGCUGAAGCUGUCCGCCCGAGACGACAACACCCUCAAGGCCAAGCGCUCUAUCAGCCCCCACCAGCAGCUCCCGCUGUCAACCCCUCCUCAGCCUCACUCCCUCCAUCACCACACGGAUCAACUAAGUCCUCCAGACAACGCUGGACCAGACGGCCAAUCUACUUCCACCAUCAGCACCUCCCACCCUCCAAAUGUUCAGAAGCCCCCCAUGCCUCCCGCACAGCCCCAUCCACAGCCUGCCAUGCAGCCUCCCAGCAUGCCUCUCCACUCGCAGAGCGCCGGAUCUCUCCAAUUCCAGCCCCAUCUGCCGCCUCAGGGCCUCAGUCCGAACGCCCAGGCCCAUGUCCAGGUGAAUGUUCACGGGCUCACACACAGCCACAGCAUGCCGCCGCCCUACAAGAUCAACACCGAAGACCUCAAGGAGGACGUCAUCUUCUUCUAAACUUCAGUCUGCUGCCCCUUUAGAUCAGCCGCUGUACGCAAAAAAAAAAAAAAAAAAAAAAAAGCUGGAAUGGUUGCUGGUUCUCGUUUCAUGCGAUAAUGUGACGUCGAUAGUUCGGUUUAGCGUGUGUUGUGUCUGAGGGUUGAUAAGGUAAGGUUAUGUGUUGCAGCAGUUUAUUGCAGAGAGCAGAGCCUUUGUUUGAGCUACGGUGGCUCACGGAAAGAAAAAUUCCCAUUUUAUUCAAAAAAUAAAAGAGGAAAUUUCUGUUUAAACACUGCUACACCAUCCUUGCUUUUAAACUGCCACAGUUUCUUUUUUAUUUAAUUCUUAGUUUUAUUUCUAAACUCAAGAGGACCACAAGUGUGAAUUGGGAACCUUUGGUGAAACAAAGGCAUCUUUUAUCGUGCGCAUAAAAGGUUUAAAUGAAGUUAUAGCGAUCCAAAGACAUUAGCUGUGAGAGCUGAAGGGGAUUUGACUUUGAGGGACAAAGUGAAAGAGAAACUGUCAGGUGCAUUUCAGGAGACUUUGUCAGGCUGGUUAGUGAAGUAUGAAGAGUGAGCGGUGCUGCGUCGGCACCCCGGCCUCAUAGUCUGCUCCUACUGGACCUGGAACCAGAAGAAAUGAUUCAGCAGGAAUCAGAAGUGUUUCAGCUCUUAAUACGUGAACACGCUCUGCUUGAUGUUUCAUUUGCACAGUGUAAAUACUCCAUUCCAGACUAAUGAAUGAACUCUUAUGGACUAAAGGUGUAGUGCUUGGAUGUACAGUUGUCAAAAUUGUGAAAAUUCAUUUCAUUUUCUGAUUUUUUUUUUUUUGUUUGUUUUCUAGUGUUUGGUCAGCAGAUUAGAAACCAGGCUGUUGUGUAAGAAUGGUCCUGAUCAUUUAAGGAAGAGUUCAGUUUUUUCAGUUAUGUCGUACAGUUUUUCCAGCUCAUACAGAGUGAGACAAACUCAAGGAGGCCUUUCUUACGUCUGUGCACUUAGAAAGAAUGUGAGAUUAAUCUACUUAAGCUCUGUUCUCAUAUUUCUUGGCAGCAGUUUGUCUCAAAAAACACUGAACAUUUCAUUCUCUGGACUCCUUUUCUUAGCAUUAACAGUAUUUUUAAACAGCAUUUUCACAAGUGCACACAGUUGCAUUUUUGUUUCAAGCACUAUUGCCGUGGGCUCUUUUCACAGCAGGUGCAUCAGCUGUUUGACAAAAGAUCAUUUCUUUAAUACAAAAUUAGCAACAAAGAAAUAUGUUAAUUUGUAUUUUAAUCUCAGAGCGUUGUUGGCUGGUUUAAUUAAAGAUCUAUUUCCUGAAUUUGAAGCUGAGCUGCUAAUAAUCCCACUUGACACCAUUCAGCACAAGUUUCAGACGUCAAAAAGGCCACAAUGGGUUUGUCUCACUCUGGGUAACAUUUCCAAAAUCUUUCCCUUUAAGAAACAUAUCUGUGGUCAUUUUAGUGGAUCUGUAGUGUACUUUACUAUUCAUGCUGUAUGUUAUUUUAAGGGUAAAAUGAACUUUAAACUGCUUCAAUUUUCUGAACAGUGACCUCCCUGGAAAAUUUGUAGCCUAAUUGGUCAACAAGAAUACAUGAGUCAUAUUCACAGCGGACUAUUUUGAAGAUAUGCACUGAAAUUAUUCAAAUCCAUAACAAUACUACUAAUAAAAAAAUAGAAUUUUAUUAAUUUGCACUUAUUGGUCCUGUAUAUGUUCUAGAAAUACCCAAAAGCUACCUGAGGUUAAAUUAGGAGUAUAAACAAUCAUAAAUGCACCAUAAUCUCUCUCCCACUCAUUCAUACACAGUAUAAACAUUUGCAAAAUCUUCUGACGACUCAUAGGACAGACAUGGAGGCCGGGGUUGUGCAGAAAAUUGAAGCAAUUUGAAGUUUUAUGGAUUCCCAGUUUAAUCCACUUUGGUCUUAGUUUUUCACUCAAACACGCUUAUGUGUUCGACGAGUCUCAUUUCCGAAAACUUGUGUCUCUGGAUUUCAUUUUGCUGCAUUGACAGUUUGUAAAUUCUCCAGAAUGGGUUCAUUUUAGCCAGCCGGUAUAUCUUUGAGAUAUACAUGAAGGUGUCAGUUUUAAUUGAGGCCCUGAGGUCUCAUUGACAGUGUGUUUUAUUGAUUGCUGAUGACAUUUCAUUAGCUAGGUCUUAAAUCUCUGUGCCUGACAGAAAAGCAGUACUGUGAUGGGUGCAGUGGUCCUGCAGCAAGAGCGACUAUCAGCUGUUCUCUAACAUUUCAGUCUUUAUCUUUCUUCAAAGAAGAAAUAUGGAGGCACGUUGUUUUUGUGUAUGUGUGUACCUUUUAAAUCAUGAAGUAGUCGGUACAUGAAUGUGUUUUGUGUCUCUGGAGGGAAAAAAAAAAUAUCAGAAGAGCUUUUUGUCUUUGUCCAAAUGAGCUUGUCUCUGAAGCUGUGAUCACAAGCUGGAGUUUGAUUUAAUGUAUAUUAUGUAGAUUUUUGUACAUACUGUAUGUGAUCUUUCCUGCACCGUCUGCCCUCUUACACAUGCUUGUAUUAGGAACAGAGAUAUUUGACGUGAAUCAAGAUGCAAAAGUCAGCCAAAAGUCUGUCUGUUCAUACGUGUAUAUACACUUAAAAUACACACACAGGUGUGUGUGUAUGUACAAAACGGUACGCCUUUCUCGAAUAGACUAAUACCAGGAAAACAAACCACAACCGCUCAAAUUCUGUUGUACAAAUGAACUGAAAAUGAAGGUGUGCAUAUUUAAUCUCUUGAUGUGUGUCGAUGUUGUAGCAUUGAAGUCGAGGUGCACUGUCUGCCGUCUUUGUCCUGCAAUUCAUGAGUGAUGUUUCAUCAAGAUUAUGUAGCAGUAAAAAAAAAAAAAAAAAGAAAGAAAGAAAAAUCAUCUGCUUGUUUCAGUCGGUUAAACCAAAGAGACAUUCGGCUGACUGGGUUCCUUUCUGCACUCGUAUAUGAAAGAUGAAUGACACUGUGCUGGUCGUGUGGUUGUCCACAAAGUGUUAUUACUUGUGAAAACAUCCUCCAGGGAGUGUCCAUAACAAGUAUGUUGACGGCACAUUAUUGUCCAGCUCAUAUCCUGCUUCAGGAUAUGGAUUUGUUGUGUCCAGAUCACAAAUAUCUCUUUAUACACAGGUGAACAUCAUAUUCUGAAAAAGAAGAUGUUACACAAACAAUAAAGCCCAAUAAUUAGUCAAAUGGGGGCGUUGACGUAUUCUCUCUAUAGUGACACAUCCAACAACAUCUGAUAUAUUAUUAUUAUCAGUAUAUGAGCUCAUGUAACUCUGGACAUUGGACUGUUAAUGUGCAUGUGAACAUACUUUGUGGUUUUCAGUGGGUGGAACUCUGCAAAAACUUAUACUUUUAAAAGUCUUUGACAAAACAAUGCCAACUCAAGGUCCACUUACGAGCUUUUUCACUUACUUUCAACCUCAUCACACUGUCUUCAUCAGCUAAGUCAAGCAUCACCUUAACUUAAAAGCCAACACAGAUGGGAAAUCUUAAGUUUGAUAUCAUUCCAGCUUCUUGUCUGUGUCACGGCAGCUGUAAAUAUGCUGAUGAAGACCAAGUGAUACGGUUGAAAGCUCCAGAAAAAAAGCCCUCACCUUCAGUUGUGAUUUCUGUGUCAAACUAUCUCCAAGCUCAAGAACGAACUUUAAUGCUUAACACUUCAAGAUAUUUCCGUAUGUGUCCAUUUUCCUGUGUUUGCAAGUGUCUCUAACUCUGAAUGAGAGAUGUACGAUAGCAGGAAAACUGGUGUAAGAGCACUUUAGUUCUGCUCCAGGUACGAGACUUUUAGCGAGUAGUGGACGCCGUUUGUUGGUGCCGCUGUUUGGAUCAACUCAAGUCUUAAAUGCUCUUUUUCUUUACUGACCCACUUAACCUUUUUACUGUUUUUAAAAUCGGAAGCCAGUCAGUCACAUCACUGUGUGUGUCUGUGCGUGUGUGCGCGCUC